AUGGGGAAUAGCAGCUCGUUGAUGUUGCAGGAAGAUGAAAUUCAGGCGAUUUCAGCGGAGACUGGAUUUUCACGAAAUCAAAUUGUUCGGCUCUACAGUCGGUUUUUGUCACUCGACAAACAGGGUCGUGGAUACUUGGAUCGUGAUGAUUUCUUACGGAUUCCCGAACUUGCAAUCAAUCCACUGGGUGAUCGUAUUGUUGAUGCAUUUUUCACAGAAACAGAGGAUCUGGCGCAAAAAAUCAAUUUCCGAGAAUUCAUAAGAGUGUUGGCACACUUUAGGCCAAUCAUUGCCUUUUCAAUGUAUGAUUUGAAUAAGAAUGGUUUUAUUACAAGAGAUGAAUUCAAAGUGAUCCUAAAUAUGAUGGUUGGUGCAAAUAUAACUGCUGAACAAUUAGAAAGCAUUGCCGAUCGGACAAUAUCUGAAGCUGAUAUUGACAACGAUGGGAAAAUAUCAUUCGAUGAAUUUUGCCGGGCGAUGGAAAAGACUGAUAUCGAGCAAAAAAUGUCGAUUCGAUUUUUGAAUUAA